AUGGCGCCGACGACAGCAUCGUUUGACCAGACCGGAUACUGGUCGCCCAACACCGCAUCCGUCGACUGGUGCGAGAACAACUACGUCGUCUCUUAUUACAUUGCCGAGUUCUGGAACACGAUCUCGAGCUUGUUUAUUGUAGCGCUGGGAGAACUGGGCCUAUACCUCUGCCCAACAAAAGAGAAACGGUUCAAGGUCGCCUUCCGGACAAUCAGCGUCGUCGGUAUUGGGUCGACUCUCUUCCACGGCACCCUUCGUCACAAAAUGCAGCUACUCGAGACGAAAUAUGGACCACAGGGACGCUGGUUCCCAAUCAGCCUUGCCACCUGGCUCGCAUUGACGACGAUCUUUGUAUCCAUCACGGGCGGAAAGGUGCAAUUCUACACCUUCCAAGCAUCCUUCGGGAUCCUUCAACUAGCAAUCAUCUACCUCACCACAACCCUUCACCAACGCCAGAAAUCCAUCAUAGCUUCCUGGAACACCCCCUCCACAACCUCGGCCUGGCUGAUCACACGCGCACUGGGUGUCUACGCAUUCGCAGUGACAAUCUGGCUGAUUGACUUGCACCUCUGCGAAUUCGUGAACGGCGUGGGCCCAAACUCGGUGUUGAGGUGGAACCCCCAGUUCCAUGCAUGGUGGCAUGUGUUUUCGAUUUCGGGCGUGUAUUUCACAACCUUGUUGCUGACUUUUCAGCAUUAUGUCGAGAAGGGGUUGAGGCCUUCGGUGUACCUGUGGAAGGGCUUUGCGCCGGCUUUGACGUUGGAGUCAAACAACCUCAAGAAGGUCGAUUAA